UUUUUUUUUAAAGGAACCGAAAAAAGCAGUCUCCAGAACAGGUACCCAAAGGUUUUCCAACCCAAAAUUGAAAGACAUUUGUUUUCACUAGAAGAAAAUGUGGUUCCAUCUGGGUAAGAUAUUUUCGCCUAUGAUUCUCUUGAUAGCUUAUCUACUAUCAUGUCAGGAUACAGCUGCAGCACAGAGUAAGCUAACAGGAUUGCCUUCCCAGAGAAGAUCAAGAAGACAAACUGAAACACCUGCACCAAUUGACUGUCAACUAAGCCAGUGGUCAGAAUGGACUGAAUGCUUUCCUUGUCAAAGCAAAAAAUACAGAUAUAGAACUUUGCUGCAACCAUCCAAAUAUAACGGACACAUGUGUACUGGCAGCCACUGGGAAAAAGUGGAGUGUGAGCCAACAAGAGGGUGUACUAUACAUCAAGACUGCGGAACUGAUUUUAAGUGUCAAGCAAGUGGUCGCUGCAUUAAACGCCACCUUGUAUGCAAUGGAGAACCUGAUUGUGGGGAUGAGAGUGAUGAAGCUGACUGUGAGGAUGCUGAAUCAUCCUGUGAUCAUAUGGACCCAAUCCCAGGAGUUGCAAGAAUAGCACAGGGAUACAAUAUCCUUACACAAGAUGGAGCAGAGAUAGUGUAUGAUCCUACUUACUAUGGGGGACACUGUGAAUCUGUCUAUAAUGGAGAUUGGCGAGAAGAGAAGUAUGAUCCUGUAUGUGAGAAUCUGUACUAUGGGGAUGAUGAGAAAUAUUUUCGACAGCCAUACAACGUUCAUUUUUAUCAAUUUCUAGCCUAUGCUGAUUCUGGUUUUUCCACAGAGUAUUUUGAUAAUGCCAGGGACUUACUGAAUGCUGUAAAAAAAGACACCUCUUGGAAUGCUGGUUUCACAGUUGGCGUAGGUUUUCCAAACACACCUAUUACUUUAGAACUAGGCUUUAGAUUAUCAAAGGGAAAAGGAACUCUGAGAAAUACUACAGACUAUGCAUCAAAGAAUUUAGGAUUUAUCCGUGCUCGUACCAAAGUACAAACAGCCCGUUUCAAGAUGAGACGAAACAAUAUAUUCCUAGAUGAGCACAUGCUUCAGUCUCUGAUGGAGCUUCCAGAUCAAUACAACUAUGGAAUGUAUGCCAACUUUAUUAAUACGUAUGGCACCCAUUUCAUGACAUCUGGAACCAUGGGAGGUAUCUUUGAAUACAUCCUUGUGAUCAACAAAGACAAAAUGAAUAAUGCAGAAAUUAAAAGGGAUGAAAUAAGCAGGUGUUUUGGAGGAUCAAUAGGUGUGAAAACUGCUCCACCAACAGGGAUCGCCGGAAUGGGUGCUAAGCUGUCAUAUGAUCGUUGUAAGAAGGAAGGAGGCCAAACAAGAGAUUCUGCUGCCAUUGAAUCAGUCAUCGAGGAUAUUAUUUCCCAAGUUCAAGGUGGAGACACAGCAUCAAUUGGCAGGCUCAUGGAAGGCUCCAGCAGUAGUACAUACCGCUACUGGGGGAAGUCAUUAAAAUUUAAUCCCGCCAUUAUUGAUUUUGAGCUGCAACCUAUACAUCAAAUACUGCGUAGGACUCCACUUCGCCAUGUUGAAAUCAAAAGGAAAAAUUUGAAAAGGGCUUUGGAUGAAUAUUUAAUGGAGUUCAACACCUGCCGCUGUGGCCCCUGCUAUAACAAUGGUGUACCCAUGUUGGUUGGGUCUAGGUGUGUUUGUGAGUGCCAGAAGGAUGCCCAGGGCCCAGCAUGUGAAAAAACAAUGAGGACAGGUGGUCAAGCAGAUGGUAGUUGGAGUUGCUGGGCUUCAUGGACUUCUUGCCAAGAUGGAUCAAAGAGCCGUACAAGACAGUGUACAAAUCCAGAACCACAAAAUGGUGGAAGAACAUGUUCUGGCCAGAGCACACAAACAUCGACAUGUUAACAGGUUCCUGAAAGUGGAUUACUGGGUCAUGCUAUCAAGCAGGAAAGUGGAGGAGUGAGUUCUGAUUCAUAAACAGCAUAAAGUAAGCAUUGGACUAUAAAGUAGAUAGAUAGAUAGAUAGA